AUGGACGAUGAGUUUGGCCCCAUCAGGAAAUCGCUGAAGAAAGUCUCGGUAGGGUCCAUAACACAAUCGAAUUACGACACCGAUGAUCUUUGCACCACUGAAAUAAUUCCUUUGCAGAAGAGGCCACGACAUGCACCAAAUGUGCUAGACACUCCAUUUGCUAUCGUCAACUAUCCAUGCAUUGUGACUGAUGAUAAUCGUAAAGAUACAUAUGCUACGGAGUUGUUUUAUGAGCAAGUUCUUUUCAAGACAUUCAGGUACAAGUUGCUGGACAACUUGCUACAAAACCAACUAGAGUUUGCUCCGGCUUUGAAUCAAAUUGCAAAGAGUUUGUACAAGCUGGUUAUUAAGUCCUUCAACAAGGAAUUGACCACUGUGAAAAACUACAGAAUUGUUGCACCCGAAGUCUCAUCUUCGCGGUUUACUUCAAAUAUAAUUGACAAUGUUGUCGUGUUUGAUACAGUUGCCUCCAAGCAUUUCAAUUUGAUAAACAUAAGACUCGAAUCCCCCGAGGGUCUCCAAGCGAAGGAUGUAAGCAGAAUUCAUAGGUUUUUAAAGAAAUCGUAUCCUAUAGAUGAGGUACCUAUGCAAUCAGAAGGAUUGAAUGGAUUUAAAAACAUUAUAGAUUAUUUUACAAAACUAAACUCUACAGCAAUAAUGAGAUCAUUAAAGCCUCUUCACUUCAAAAUUGAUAUUUUUCAAUACAACUACGAUGUUGAAAAAAUAACAAAUAUUAUCCCUACCAAACCGAAUUUCAAGAUCAUAAUAUCAACCAUCGGUUCUAGUCAUAGCCUUGAUGACAACCCAAUUACCACCAUUGUCAAUUUAUCAGAGCUAUCGGAUAUAAAUCUUAGCAGAAUGUGCCAGCAAGCAUUGCAUUGUAAAUGUGAUAUGGGAAAGCAUACUGGACUUAAAGAAUAUCAAGAUCUGUGGAAUCACUGUGUAGCAGAUAUUACUCAGAAUAAACUAGGUAGCAACAACUUAUUUCAUUUAUUUUUGGUCUCGUUCACAAUAGGCGGAUUAGGUACCAAUUUUUUCUUCUACUUGGAACAAACACUAAAUGGUGUCAGAAGUAUGGAUCAGCUACUACGCAAUUUCGGAAUAAAUCGUUAG